AUGAGGCGUGGUGUGAGUCACGGUCUUGAAGCAUUGCCUACUGCUGCUCAUACGUUCUCUCCAGGUAGGAGCCCUGGGCCGCUCUCAGUGUUUGUCCGCUCUUGGAAACAGCUCCCUCCCGAACUGCACGACCACAUACACGACCUCCUGGUAAUCAUCGCCGGCUACAGGGAAAUCUCGGGGCUCUCCCUGGUCUCGCAAGCUUGGUGUCGCUGUUUUCGCCCCGGUCUCUUCAGCGAGCUUGACCUGAGGAGCAAUGAGGACUGCCGUACGCUGUACAGUAUACUCCAACCCCCGCUUUCAGCAUGGCUUGCGGGGCAUGUCACCGCGCUGUACUUUCACAUCAACAACUCAUCCAAUCCGCUCUGUAUGGCGCUCCUCCGCCUCUUGCCGGCGUGCCGCACCGUCUGGCACCGCUUUGAUCGUAUCAAAAGAUGCGUGUCACGCAGCGCAGAUCUGAAAAGCUCGCUGCGGAACCUCACCUCUCUGCAGCUAUUCCGGUGGGGGUUCCGGUCGUUCCGAACCCUGCUCCGUGUGCUGGCAGACAUCCCCCGCUUAGAGACCAUCCAUUUCAUCGACGUUAAAUGGUCGGGCGACACUCCCGCGACAAUCGACGCUGCGAACAGUAUCUGCUCUGGCUCAUUCGGCCAUGUCCGCAAGAUCUACCAGGAUGGCUGCACGGAUAACAUGGCAGUGCCCGCUUGGAUUCUGGGUGCGGCAAGUACCCGACACUCGUUCACCCGACGUCGGACUCCAGGGCCGGCAGUUGGCGCAGAAACGUGGGCCACCAUCAACCUCAUCCGGAUGUUCUUGGGGAGCGGAAACUCAAUCAGCUACUCAUCUUUCGAGGUCGCAGAAGCAGCUCAAGGUGAAACGGAAUUGUCACUCUCCUAG